UGAGAGAGGUCUGUUCACGGAGGACUAGUUGAUAAUACAGCGUGAUCUCGCUUUUUCUGCGGGAGAAUCUCUUUGACAAGCAACUGAGAGUGACGCUUCUAUAAGAAUCAUUAUCAUAAUGGCCGUGAUGAAUAAUGCCUCCACCGAUAAGUUGGUGCUUCAGAAGUACCUUGACCUUGACCUCGGCACAGAACAAGUGAUGGCCGAGUACAUCUGGAUAGACGGUACUAGUGAGGGUAUACGAAGCAAGUGUAGAACCUUGGAGACGGAACCAAAGGACCCCAAAGAUUGCCCCAUUUGGAAUUAUGAUGGGUCAAGUACAUACCAGGCCGAGGGCUCCAACUCCGACAUGUACCUCCACCCCGUCAGUAUAUUCAGAGAUCCUUUUAGAGGAGGUAAACACAAGCUGGUCCUGUGUGAAGUCUACAAAUACAACAAAAAACCUGCAGAAACCAACAGACGGGCAGCCUGUAAUACGGUGAUGGAGAAGGCCAGGGCAUCUAUUCCAUGGUUUGGUAUUGAACAAGAGUACACACUGUUGGACCUGGACGGUCAUCCCUUCGGCUGGCCCAAGAAUGGAUUCCCAGGACCCCAGGGACCUUACUACUGUGGAGUAGGUGCCAACAAGGUGUACGGCCGCGACAUCAUCGAGGCCCACUACCGUGCUUGUCUGUACGCUGGGGUCAAGAUUGCUGGCUGUAACGCAGAGGUCAUGCCAGCUCAGUGGGAGUUCCAGGUCGGCCCCUGUGAAGGUAUACAGAUGGGUGACCACCUAUGGAUGGGACGCUACCUGUUGCAUCGUGUAGCUGAAGAUUUUGGCGUUGUUGUGACCCUAGACCCCAAACCUAUUGAGGGUGAUUGGAAUGGUGCUGGCGCUCACUGUAACUACAGCACCCUGGAAAUGAGGGAGAGUGGAGGCAUCAAGGCUAUUGAGGAGAGUAUAGAACUACUAUCCAAACACCAUGUCCGACACAUCAAGGCUUAUGACCCCAAGGAGGGUAAGGACAACGAGAGGCGCUUGACCGGUCACCAUGAGACGUCCAGUAUCCAUGACUUUUCCGCUGGAGUUGCCAACCGUGGUGCCAGUAUCCGUAUUCCGAGACAGGUUGCUGAAGAUGGAUGUGGUUACCUUGAAGACAGACGGCCGUCAUCAAAUUGUGACCCAUAUGCUGUCACAGAAGUCAUCGUCAGAACGACGGUGUUAAAAGAAUAGACUUAUAAAUAAAGUUUAUGAAUGGAAUGAAAUGAACAAUUAUGCGGGUUUGAGAAAAAGAAUGCAAGACUUUGUUGAAAUAGAAUUUUGUGCAAUAACUUUCAUCAAGACAAGAUAAAGAAUACAACAAAUAUGCCUGGUAAAGAUAUCUUACUGUUAACACAGACAUUGACCUUGUUUGAAUUGGCGAUACCAGUAGAAAAAAUGUUCUUUUCUAGCAGAGGAAUGAAUUUGUAGUUCUUCCAUUUUCGUAACAGCUUGAUGAUGUGUGUUGUAUGGGAAUGACAAACUUGAUAGAAGUUGGAAGCAUGUGACAAUACAGUAUGACGACUACAGUGUAAUAUAAAACUAGUUAUAGAUGGUCUUGAGUUAUAGAUGGUCUCCAGUGUGAAUUGCCACUUCAGUGUUUUGCCCACUUGGUCAGUAUGUGAGUUGUCAAACUUUUUAAUUCUGUAGGAUCUACACAAUAAUUUUUAUUGAGGAUAGCUUGCUUUUUGUUAGUUUCUUGUAAACUGUGAAGUAAACAUGUUCAAAUUGGCUAUAAUAUAUGUAGCUAUCACAUUUUGUUACAGUUUCUUGUAAACUGUGAAGUAAACGUGUUCAAAUUGGCUAUAAUAUAUGUAGCUAUCAUAAUUUUAAAAUCAAAAGCCUCAUUUGGCACCUAUUUUUACUCGAGUAUUGGAAUAGUCUGCUAGUAAGGGGAGGUAAGUUAUUGAAUACACUUUAUUGUUCUCACGUGAAUCAAUGAUUUAAAUAACUUCAGUAAAUCCUUGUGUGUAUGAGCAGAAUAUUUGAAAGGAAUAUUGAGUGACAGGAGAAAUGAGUUUGUAAGAGGUUGUGAAUCAAGUAGCCGUUUAUAAAAUUAUGUAGUUUACCACUUCAUAGUGUUCCGCAAAGGUUGAAAGAUAUUUUUGAGAAAACCACAUCCGGGUCAUCUUGAAUGUAAAUGUUUUUAACCUUGAUACGUGGAGAGAAAUGGUUGUAUCGUGUUAGGAUGUGUGAUUAUUAUACCAUUAUUGGACCGACAUGAUCACAUCUAACAACCAAUACCUGUGUGAACUGUUGAAGUCUUAGUAAGACCGGGACACAUAGGAUAUAAUCUGUUUAUUAUUCUGAUACAGAGUGCUUAAGAACCAAUAUCUUCAUAUUCACCAUCAAUACUGUGGAGAGAUGAAGAAGCAUUCUACAUAUAUUUAUGAUCACCAUUAAUCUAGCUGCAAUACCUUGGAGCACACACACUUGUACAUAGUUAUUUUACCAUUAUUUUCCUUAGAAUCUCUUUAACCUGUAAAGGAAACCAUACGAGGAAAUAAAUAUGUUAUACUUUUA